GCGGGGGCUAAAAAUACCGGGCGGCGGCGGCGGCGGCGGCGGCGGCGGCGCGGCGAUUGCUGGGGCUGCGGGGUUGCGGGGCUGCGGGCCGGGGAGGCCGUGCGGGGCCAGGCUGGGCCCCGCUCACCGACAUGCUGACCUUCUUCCUCGUCUCCGGGGGAUCGCUCUGGCUGUUCGCGGUUCUGCUGCCUGCACCAGCCAGUCCCCUCUGAGAGCCUCGUGUUCCUCCAGGGUAUAAUACCACUACAGGGUCUCCACUUCCGGCUGCCCAUGUGCAGAUUUAAGCCUGAUAAGAGUUCAUUCUCUCACUUCUGGAGAAGAUGCAGACACAGGAGAUCCUGAGGUUGCUGCGGCUGCCUGAGCUGAGUGACUUGGGCCAGUUUUUCCGCAGCCUCUCAGCCACCACCCUCGUGAGUGUGGGUGCGCUGGCCGCCAUCCUCGCCUACUGGUUCACUCACCGGCCAAAGGCCCUACAACCACCAUGCAACCUCCUGAUGCAGUCGGAAGAAGUGGAGGACAGUGGCGGGGCCCGGCGAUCUGUGAUCGGCGACGGCCCUCAGUUGCUCACCCACUACUACGAUGAUGCCAGGACCAUGUACCAGGUGUUCUGCCGUGGGCUCAGCAUCUCAGGGAAUGGACCCUGUCUUGGCUUCAGGAAGCCGAAGCAACCUUAUCAGUGGCUGUCCUACCAGGAGGUGGCCGACAGAGCUGAAUUUCUAGGGUCUGGACUUCUCCAACACAAUUGUAAACCAAGUACAGAUCAGUUCAUUGGCGUUUUUGCACAAAAUCGGCCAGAGUGGAUCAUCGCAGAGCUUGCCUGCUACACGUAUUCUAUGGUGGUGGUCCCGCUCUAUGACACCCUGGGCCCUGGGGCUAUCCGCUACAUCAUCAGGACAGCCGACAUCAGCACCGUGGUCGUGGACAAACCUCAGAAGGCCGUGCUUCUGCUGGAACACGUGGAAAGGAAGGAGACUCCAGGGCUCAAGCUCAUCAUCCUCAUGGAACCAUUCGAGGAAGCUCUGAAAGACAGAGGGCAGGAGUGCGGAGUGGUCAUUAAGUCCAUGCAGGCUGUGGAGGAGUGUGGCCAACAGAAUCAUCAGGCUCCUGUGCCCCCGAAGCCCAGCGACCUCUCCAUUGUGUGUUUCACAAGCGGCACAACAGGGAGCCCAAAAGGUGCGAUGCUCACCCAUGGGAACGUGGUGGCUGAUUUCUCAGGCUUUCUGAAAGUGACAGAGAAAGUGAUCUUUCCGAGACAGGACGAUGUGCUCAUCUCCUUCCUACCUCUGGCUCACAUGUUUGAGAGAGUAAUCCAGUCCGUUGUCUACUGCCAUGGGGGACGUGUCGGCUUCUUCCAGGGAGACAUCCGUCUCCUCUCAGAUGACAUGAAGGCUCUGCACCCCACCAUCUUCCCUGUGGUCCCUCGAUUGCUGAACCGGAUGUAUGACAAGAUCUUCAGCCAGGCAGACACACCAUUAAAGCGCUGGCUCCUGGAGUUUGCAGCAAAGCGUAAACAGGCUGAGGUCCGGAGUGGAAUCAUCAGGAAUGAUAGUAUCUGGGAUGAACUCUUUUUUAAUAAGAUUCAGGCCAGUCUUGGUGGGUGUGUGCGGAUGAUUGUCACUGGAGCGGCCCCCGCAUCACCGACAGUGCUGGGAUUCCUCCGGGCGGCUCUGGGGUGCCAGGUUUAUGAAGGUUACGGCCAAACUGAGUGUACGGCUGGAUGUACCUUCACCACGCCCGGGGACUGGACCUCAGGGCAUGUAGGGGCACCUCUGCCCUGCAAUCAUAUCAAGCUCAUCGAUGUCGAGGAACUGAACUAUUGGACCUCCAAAGGAGAGGGAGAGAUAUGCGUGAGAGGACCAAAUGUGUUCAAAGGUUACUUGAAAGAUCCAAACAGGACAAAGGAAGCCCUGGACAGUGACGGCUGGCUUCACACUGGGGACAUUGGGAAGUGGCUGCCGGCAGGGACUCUUAAAAUUAUUGAUCGGAAGAAGCACAUAUUUAAACUUGCUCAGGGAGAGUAUGUUGCCCCCGAGAAGAUUGAGAACAUCUAUAUCCGGAGUGAGCCUGUAGCACAAAUCUAUGUCCACGGGGACAGUUUAAAGGCCUUUUUGGUGGGUGUUGUUGUGCCUGACCCUGAAGUCAUGCCCUCUUGGGCCCAGAAGAGAGGAAUUGAAGGGUCAUAUGAAGAGCUCUGUGCAAAUAAGGAGCUGAAAAAAGCCAUUUUGGAAGAUAUGGUGAGGUUAGGAAAACAGAGUGGACUCCAUUCGUUUGAACAGGUUAAAGCCAUUCACAUCCACUCUGACAUGUUCUCAGUUCAGAAUGGCUUGCUGACACCAACACUAAAGGCUAAGAGACCUGAGCUGAGAGAGUACUUCAAAAAACAAAUAGAAGAGCUUUACUCAAUCUCCAUGUGAAGUUCAAGGAAAGUUCUUCUCAGUAUAAUGGACUGUGUAGCAAUACUAUAGUUACUCUUGAAAGUAAUGAAUCAGAAUGAUGCAGCCGAAAAUGAAUAAGCACGUGACCUUAUGAUUGAGCCUUUUCCUGUCCCAAGAGGUCUUUAACAAUAUUUUCUCUAUCAUCACUGAGUACACUUUAUUUUUAUUAAAAUGAUAUUGUAACAAGCUGCUAAAAAUAUCACAGAUGGCAAUGUAAAAGACUUUUCUCAAGGACUGUGUACCACUAAAAGUAAUAUAUUCUCAAUGUUCACAGAACUCCUAUUAAACAUAAAGGAAAAACAUAACUGA